AUGCAAAAUUAUAGGCAAGCAAGGGACGAUUUGCCAUCCCCAGUGUCUGAAAUUAUGACAGGAUACCCGCGGCGACUAUCAGUAAAUGCCAAUGGCUCAAGCGAGAUACCAUCAUCAAACCUCGGUAAAACGAUGUCCCCCAAGAUAGGACCAUUAUUCCUGAACUUUCUCCCACCAGAUUGGACCGACAACAGCCAGAUAGCAUCAGCUCGGAUUCAGUUAUUCUCAGGUGAAGGCGGUUCCAACAGACAAGAUGUUUCCGUUGUAUCGCUGGAAGCUGUGGAAAAUCUGGUCACCCCCUUUGGACCAACUUUGUUGGAGAAAUACUUUCGACAUUUUCAUCCAACAUUUCCAAUUAUAAUGGAGGGCGGUUUCCGAAGCUCGUACAAAGAAAGGAAUGGCAUCUCGGCUCUCCUUCUGGGAGCUAUGUACUUGGUAGGCUUGAAAUGGCUAGAACCAGAGUCCGGGGUACAAACAUUGCGUCCGCCAGAUGCCAUAGGGCUUGAGGCUUUGGUUUGUAGGAAUCUAAACGAAUCCCUUUCAAGGCCUGGCCUGGCCACGGUUCAAGCUGGCCUGCUUCUCUCGCAAAAAUCCUCGCUCUUUACACCCAGGUUGAUGGCCCAGUUGGUGACAGCUGGGUUCGAUUUGGGCCUGCACCAAGACUGCUCUACAUGGCAGAUACAAUGCUGGGAAAAGGGGUUGAGGAAAAGGCUGGCGUGGGCUUUAUAUAUGCAAGAUAAAUGGUGUGCAUUAGUGCAUAGCCGGCCGUCACAUAUAUUCGCGUCCAACUGGGCAGUAAAGGACUUGACCAUAGAUGAUUUUGAAAAUACCACUCGUUCGGCAGCCUCAGCUGCUUCUUCUGCUUCUAUUACUACCCUUUCAUCCCUUUCUAGCCAUAAGUUUGGGUGUCUGUUCUUCCGUCAGUUCGUCAAGUUGACUCGCAUCUUAUCUGAUAUCAUCGAAUCAUUCUAUACCCUAGAAGCUACCCAACAGUUAUCUGCAUCUCACGAGAACGGCACCCAUAUUAUCCUAUCAAAAGCGAAACCCCUUCAGAUUCAACUAAAGGACUGGUUUAGCCAAUUGCCUGCUGAAUUGAAAGUAGACACUGACUGCGGCGUGGAGGCUGGCCCGAGCGGUGGCAUCCAUCUGGCCUACUUUGCAACAGAAAUCAUGCUUCACAGGUGCAUUGUCCGGUCCCUGUCGCCAGAUACAGCCGAUCAGUAUCUUACGCACAUAUGUCGGUCUGCAGCAAAGACUCGUCUCAUAUCUGCCAUGGAAUUUGUAAACCGACUAAGACCCAUUCACCUGCGAGCAUUCUGGCCUGCUGCCGCAAUGAGCAAUUUCGCCCUCAUCGGAGCAUUUGGAAUUUUACUGCAAACUACAGCACCGACUCAGGAGGAGGAAGAGUUCUAUAGGGCCCGGCUACGAGAAUACCGAUGGACCCUGAGUGUGAGCAGAAGAGAUGCAGGCUUUUUGGACUUUGCAAUAGAUACCCUGGGAGAGGUAACCAAACUUGUGCGCAACCAACCUCAAAAGCCGGCAUUUCAAGAGUUCAUGAACCACUCGUUUCUCUAUCGUCCGCCAGACUCUGGUCUCAUUAACCGUCUGGACUGUCAUUCUGGUGUCCGUCUCCGUGAGCAGUCUAUGGCAUCCAGCCCUAUAUCACAGCAGGGAGAUGCAUAUAAUGGCUCGGAUGAAUACGAGAAUCUCCCAGGAUGCACCAGGAUGCACUCUCGAUCUAGCCUCCCGGAUACAAAAUCAGGUUUAAUGUCUCCAACUGCAUCAGCAUCGAGCGCAAGCACCAGCCGUAGACGCUAA